AUGAAAUCUGGGAUAAAAGUGUCAAGGGUGAGUUGGGAUGGGAACAAGAUGAUCCUUAUGUUAAAGCCCAUUGUCUCUAUCAGAACAAUAGAUGGGGAUAAGAAAACUUGGUUCAAUUCCUUAACAUUGAGUGGUUCAGGGCUGCCCCCUUUAUUAGGAGAUCGAUCUGUGGUUCCUACAGAGGUGAUUGAAUCAUGCCUUCAAAUUGCUGAAGAGGAAGCUGUUGAUCUGAAAUGGGAGGCUGGAGAUGUGGUUGUGUUGGACAACAGAUUUGUAAUGCAUGCUAGAAGGCCAUCUGUACCGCCUAGAAGAAUACUUGCUGCCUUCUGCAAGUAA